AUGCAGGGUCUUCAAGGUAGGAACUAUUCCAGCUCAUCAAGUAUAAGUAAGCUCACGCUGUGCACUCAAUCCAGUGACCAGUCAAGUAGCGAAACAGCUGAGGAGGAUUCGGAUGAUGAACCUCGUGAUGUUCGAGGACGCCGUCCUUCCCAAAAGGGCCUGCGACGGGAUGUUCGAGACGCUAUCAGGAGAAAGCGGCACGCAACGUCUCCAUCUCAACAGAGGUCUGGCCCCAUACCUCUUGAUUACUCCAACAACGGCAAGCAAAUUGGUUCUUUGCCACGAAGAAUGUCAUUCACACGUUCGCGCUCGCCUCAUCCACGGACAUUCGACAAUGCCACUAAUGCAGCACACUCACCUUCUGGAGCUUCUUCAUUUCCUCAGCGGCAUAAACUACUUCCAGUUGUGCACACUCUAUUGCCAGCAAUGAUCUCUGGCAGCCUUUCCCUCCCUUGGCUUGGGACUUGGACAUUCUGCAUGGAUACUAGAUAUAUGGGAGAAUCACUCCUUCUCAUCGGAUCUUUAGCUUGUUUCAACAAAAAACUUUCUGAUGACACUCAUGACAUCAUUGACUCGUCAAUGUCCACAGAGAUGUAUGUUCUCAUUAUUAUAGCUAUGUUCUACAUUAUACGUGCGCACACUAUACUACCGCAAUUCAACGCUACUGCACCUACUGCACCAGAGUCUCGCCGUGCAACGUCCCCUCGUACUGAGACACGUGAAAUUAGGCGCAGUGGCUCCCAGUUGAGCCCCACGAUUAAACCGCGUUUCAGUUUCAUUUGGAUGAGUGUCCCUAAGAAUUAUAGGCAUGUCCGUUUCCUAAGCGUUCGGCUCCUACUCCCACCCAUGAUUGCACUAGCAUUAUUAUACUCGGCCUUGCGGCAGGUCCACUCUCCUUCAUCUGAUCCCAAUCUUCCUCCACCUCAUUGGUUGAUAGAAGCCCCCAGUGUACUCCAUAACCCUCGAUCACCUGAUUCUGCUAUCGAUGCCCUCAUACAAUCUCGUCGUGGCCUAGUGGAUUAUUCCACAAUGUGUUCGUUUAUAUUACUGGCCCAAGUAUGCUCAUCGUGGAUCAUUGAGACGCGCUAUCGCGGACGUCCUAGCGUCCCUGAGGGAGAGCGGGGCUCUGUUCCUCGUAGUGAAAUGCGUAGGACAUGGCUUUACGUGCUCUUCACUUUCGGUAUGACCAUGCUGGCCAUCACUGUUCGAUAUCUUUUUGCGCUGGCAGAGAUUCCUAUAUGGCGAAAUAUAAGCUAUCUCGAUAUUGGCAUCGGCUCAUUGUUCUACCAACUUUGCUUAUAUAGUGCCCUUCGCCUAGCGCAUGGUGGGUUCACGCUGGGUGAAUUGGCCCUUGUCUGCUUUGGCGGGUUGUCCUUGGCUACGGAACUGCUGGGAUUGACUAGAGCGAGGAUAUGGCCGAAAACAGCACCAUUCAUCGAGACCUACCGCCUGCCAACGCCCCUAUUGAUUUUCCAGAUCGCGUUGAUCGCAGGUUCAUUCAUUACUGGCUUCCUACUUUCUCCUCUUCUCGCCCUAUCACGGCAUAUCGCGCAACGACCGGUGAGGCGCCUUCGGCUUCCGCAGGAGAAGCAACAGCAUCGACGAGCUCUCGCCGCGGGUUUUUAUAUGGGAACCAUAACAAUUGUAGUUGGCCUUAUUGGUUCGUGGACAUGGUGGAACCUCGGACGUAGAAAUCCGUGGCUUUGGACUAUCCUUUGGCUCCUUGAGGGGCGUAAGAAGUGGAGCCGACCCAUGCUUCUUGCCUACUGGGGCCUUCUCGGAAGCAUCAGCGUUGCCGGGUGGAACCGACAGUUAUCGAGGUCCAGGCGGUACAGGCAUAGAAACACGAGUGGGGGUACACAAGAUAAUGUGAUCGUUCCAUAUGCUGUGAACUCGAAUCAGAAACCACAAACGGAGAUAUCCUCAUCCGCUCCCACUACUGCACUUGGGCUUACAUUCCCCAACUUGGCUAAUCUCUCUAAUCUGUCCAAUGGUUCGCAAGUUGCCACAGAAUUGUUGGAUGCCGCGGAUAAGCACGUUCCUACGCUUGGUAUCAACGCGAGACGCAAGUUCUUCCACGCAUUGGCGGUUGUUAUGUUUCUGCCCGGAGUAGCUGUUGAUCCCGCAUUCACUCACUUGUCCUUCAGUGCAGCAUUUGCGCUCUUUAUCUUUGCAGAGUAUGUUAGAUACUUCGCCAUUUAUCCUUUCGGUGCGGCUGUGCACCUGUUCAUGAACGAGUUCCUCGAGCAAAAGGACAGUGGAACUGCCAUCCUCAGCCACUUUUAUUUGCUUACUGGUUGCGCGGGCCCACUGUGGCUUGAAGAGCCAUCGCAGUUGCUACAAUAUACCGGUAUCCUCGCUUUGGGUAUCGGUGAUGCUCUGGCAUCUAUUAUUGGGAAACGUGUUGGUCGGCACCGUUGGUCGUCGACAUCCUCUAAGACCUUAGAAGGUAGCGCUGCAUUCGUGCUGUCCCUCGUGGGUUGCGCGUGGCUUUUAAGACUUUGCGGACUUACGGAAGAAUUUUCGUCCUCGAUAAUAACAGAUACAACUUUAGAUCCACUUCCAUCACCUCUACCUCUCACAAAGCCCUUUUCUUUGCCAUCAGCAUUCCAAAUGCCCAUUCCACGUUUACCCAAGGUGAAGCAGCGAAGUCCUCGACUGCCGCGACCAGCAACUGCCUCUAUGGCAGAGGGCACUCAAUCAUACCUACCCCCUGCGCCCCAUGCGCCAUGUUUACAUGAUAGUCGCAUCCCCAGGAGCCUGGAGCCUUGUGAUGUAGAUAAUACUCGAGGUGCCGAUUCUUUAUCCAUGAAGUCAUUCGAAGUACAUCCUGUAGACAUGGUGUUGGCUCAUUCAGCUCCAUCUGGUAGUCCUUGUGAAACACUUGCGGCGGCGGCGAGUACUCCUUGCGAUACCCGACCCGACAUCGACGGAGCCGAGCACGACUGGGCUACCUUUAUGACUGCCUACGCAUUGGGUCAGUGGCAUCCUCAUCAAACGCCUCGUCAUCCGCGUUCAAUGAUGUCUACUCCUAUCAUGCGAGAGGGCCCUCUGCGAGACAAUUUUGCACUAAGACAUGAUGCUGCACCGAUCAUCGUCGAAUCACGCCAGCCUUCGCCUCCUGCAUCCCCUGCCUACCACACUUUUAUUUCUUCCUCGUUUUCCAAUGGCAAUAGCAACGAGGCAGAGUUUAUGCCCGCUCCAGAGAAAGCGGUGAUGGUCCCUGAUUUUCCCUCAUUCAUCUAUCCUGACAAACUAUUGUCAAAGAUUACAACAAAGCCAUCGUCGCUUAGCGGUCGCAGGUUCCGCAAGUCGUUCACAGAUCUGCGACACGCAACAGGAGGGCAGCCAAUGCAUCUCCCUCUAGAUGGGGCACAAACUUUUAGUAUCAGUCCGGAAGCAACCGCCGCGGCUGCAACCAUGCGAUGGGCGGCAGCACGCGUUAAUUUGUCUCCUCUUGCAUUGCCUUCUCCUGAGCAUGAACUAACAGACCCAAUGCGAGGUGUACAUGCAGCAAUACCAGGAUCACACCCGACUGCUAGUAGCCCCCCUGCCCAUCCGACAACGCCCGGCAUGUCUCGAAUCCGCGCAGGCAGCUUCUGGGAGGGCACACAAGAUGUCGAAGAUGAAUCAACUGUGCCUGCCCUACCUGGAUCAUUACCAAGAACACCCCUACGCCACAUAAAUGACGGAGAGCUAUAUGUGUCUCUUCCCCCACCAGCCUCUGUUCCACUGCAACGUAAUUAUUCACCUGAGCCGACAGAGGAGGGCGAUUACUUCACCGCAGUCAGUACAUCCGCUUCAGAAUCAUUUCCCAUGACCCCCGACCCCGCUCAACUUUGGCAGGACUACGUAACCCACAGACGUGAAUCCGGGCCAAUGGAACUCAACGUUUGUACGGCACCACCCCUUCCACGAAGGAUUUGCUUAACAAGGCAAACGUCUUCGCCCCUACCGGACAGCAACGGCCGAGAUCGUGGUUUACCAGGCGGACGAUCAGUGUGCGACUCAGUCAAUAGUUUUCGUGCUGGACGGUCUGCGAAAGAAGAACAGAUGUUCCUAGAUCUUGGCUAUUUGGCGCCGCCGAAUCCUCCGGACGAACUCGAGCGAAGACGCGCUCUAUACAAGUUUAACCUCUGGAACACCGGCCCCGACAUCAACUUCGAUCGCAUUGCACAUCUGGUCAAACUUGUGUUCAAUACGAAAUGCGUUUACAUAUCCCUCAUCGAUGGCACAGAGCAAUGGUUCAAAUCACAGUGUGGGAUGACUUUAAAGCGCAGCGCAAGAUUGACGUCCUUCUGUGCACAUGCUAUAUUGCAAAGGGGUGAUGAACCGACUGUUAUCUUGGACACAAAGUUAGAUUGGCGGUUUGCUAAGAAUCCUCUGGUUACCGGAUUUCCAAACGUUCGCUUCUAUGCUGCAGCUCCUUUGAGAACAUCUGAUGGAUUCAACAUUGGCAGUCUUUCUUUGAUCGAUGAUUCACCGCGGCAAGAUUUCGCCCCGCGUCAGCGACACACUCUGAAGGAAUUUGCGGCCGUUGUGAUGCGUGAGAUGGAAUUAUGGCGUGAUAAGAUCCAACUGCGCAUACGAGACAAAAUCCAGACCUCCAUGGAGCAAUUUAGUCGAGAGUGCCUUGAGAUCGACCAGAAAGAUGCAAACAUGGAUGAUGACCCUUACGCUAACGCGUCCAUGGACAGAGUGUAUGAUCGUGCAGCCAGGCUUGUGAAGCGCACUUUAGAUGUCGAGGAGGUGGUAGUCAUGGAUGUUUCACACUGCGAAGUGCUGGAAACUCUCAGUGCCGAAGCAACAAUAUCUGUUGUCAUGCAUCGCGGGGAUCCACAAUCCCGACCAACAUCUCGCACACUAACGGCUGAUGAAUACCACAAGCUAAACGUGUUCUUUGAUCAAUACCCUGACGGCAAAAUAUCUGAAGGCAUUUUACCAGUCUGCUUCCGCCCAUUUAUCCCGACGCACAUACAGUAUGCACUCACUGUUCCUGUUUUCAACAUCGACAAAAGGCCGUUUGCCUUAAUUUGUGCUUACAAUGCCACUGAUUCAUCACGACGAUUUCUCGAGGGACACGAGCUGUCUUACCUUCGUGCUAUAGGUGUCAUCAUUCUCUCUGCUGUCCUCAAGAGGAGGAUGAUGCUAGCCGACCAAGCGAAGAGCUUAUUUAUAUCCAACAUAUCUCACGAACUUCGUACUCCUUUGCAUGGGAUUCUCGCUGCAGCUGAAUUACUUUCCGAUACAUCGUUAAGCCAUAGCCAGACUUCGUUCCUGCACACCGUCCAGGCGUGUGGGACAUCACUUGUUGAAACGGUGAACCAUGUUCUUGACUUCACGAAACUUAGCGGCAACAUGAAAUCAGGUGGCGUGGACAAUGUUAUCACGAGGAGCAUCGUGGAUCUCGAGCAACUUGUUGAAGAGGCAAUCGACGGAUCAUGGAUUGGGUACUGCGCCCGUACAUCUGCUAUUCGCGAGUCGGAGAUUGGGAGUGUUUAUGCUCCAGCAAUGGAACAGCGAUCCUCGAGUGUUCUGGCUGCUCCAGCCUCUUCAAAGCACGUAGAGAUCAUUGUCGACAUCGACCGACGAGAAGGCGGAUGGAUUUUGAAGUGCGAUAAAGGUGGUAUUCGAAGGGUGUUGAUGAACCUUUUUGGAAACAGCCUGAAGUUCACGACCGACGGUUAUGUUCAUGUAUCUUUACGCCAAGUAUCUGCGCCAAAUGAGGAGCCUAGUAUGGUGGAGUUAUGUGUUAGUGAUACGGGAAAGGGAAUCAGCCAAAACUUUCUGAAGAACCACUUGUUCCAUCCCUUUUCCCAGGAGAACCCUCUACAAGCUGGGACAGGUUUAGGCCUUGCGAUUGUCAACAGCAUCGUCCAAUCUCCAAGCGUGGGCGGAAAGGUGGAAGUAUCCAGCGAAGAAAACGUCGGUACCGAUAUCAAGAUCACUUUCCAAGCAGAAAAUCUGGAAGAUGGUGCAAGUGCUCUUCAAACUCCUUUUAUGUUUGAUGGUGUUAUCCCCACCGUCACGUUCCUCGGGUUCAAGCAGAAGAGCAAAGGUGUUCAGAUGCUCAGUGAUGUGCUUCGCAAGUACCUCCAAGACUGGUGGGGAUUCAGAGUGCAGACUGACGGAGGUGAGUUGAGCGAUAUCGUGAUCAUAAACGAAGACUCGUCGCCUGUUGUUACCGCUCUUGAGAAAAUGGACUACCGUCGGUCGUUCAUCAUCUUGUCUUCAAGUAGAGGUAGCCCGAGGGUCAUGGGGAUUUGCAGUUCCUACGAGAACUUGGGUGGUUUUUGUCGCAUCGUUCACAAACCAGGGGGGCCUUUCCGAUUGCGCGCUGCGCUGAAACAACUACUUCGAGCCAGGCAAAGACGUCAACAACGUCUGCCAAGCUUCGCCAGCUCAAUGACCGGGGUUUCAGAUGAUAGUAUCUCUCUGCACUCCUCCAUGCUUACAGACGAUCUAUCGAGUCCAGACCGGCAUCGCCGGGCGAGCAUUGAUUGGGGUUCACACAGUCGCUCAGCUCUCGCAUUUCCUAACUCACCACCUGAAAUGCCUGCAUCGCCGGAUGUUGAGGAAGCGUCAUCUUCUGCGGAGAAUACUGAGUCUGAAAGCACAUCCUCAAGCAUGUCAAACUCAACAGUAACCAUCGGUACGGAUGGGAUACUCCUGGAGUCAUCAAUCCGGACACUGGAUUUAAAUCGCCCUCGUCCGAAAGUUUUGGUGGUUGAAGACAACAACAUUUUGCGAAACUUACUUAUCAAGUGGUUGAUGAAGAAGGGAUUUGAAUAUCGCGAGGCAGUCGACGGUCGGCAGGGAGUCGACACAUUUGAAUCUGAAGGGCCAUUUGACGUCGUUCUUCUUGAUCUGUCCAUGCCCAUCCUUGAUGGGCUGGGUGCCACGAUCGAGAUUCGCCAGCUUGAAAAAGCUCGAGAAAGUCGGCAGCCAAGCGUCAUCCUAGCUUUGACCGGAAUGUCAUCCCUCGAAGACAAACGCAGGGCGUUUGAGGCUGGCAUGAGCGGAUAUCUUGUCAAGCCCGUAGCAUUCAGAACGCUCGAAGAGAUGUUCCGCAAGAUAGGGCUCUCGUGA